AAAAAUAGCAUGAAGCUAACUGGUCUUGUCCGAUGGCUCCUUCACGAGUCUUCCCCUAAGCCCUCUGUCACUCAAGAACCACCCGUUUCACCCUCUUCCUUCCUUCCUCCCUUCCUUCCUCGAAUGGAAAAGAAGAAACUACAAUCGAUCUAAAGAUUAAAAAUUAAAGAAAACUCUAAAAAAACUCCCCCUUUGGAAUAAAAAUGGUGAAGAAAAAGGUACCAGAUUGGCUCAACAGCUCUCUCUGGUCCUCCUCCUCCACCACCACCACCACCUCGUUCUCCUACUCCGACACCAAUCACUUCGACCACCACUCAUCCACCUCCGCCUCACCUCCAAUCGAUCCACCGCUACCUCCUGCCGCCACCAGAGACGAACAACAGCAUCCGCCUCGUCAUCAUCAUAAUUAUCAUCCGCGAAAACCUGACAUUAAAGAAGAUAAGCACUCAAAAAGCAGCAUCGUUAACGACAACAUCAGUAAUAAUAAUAGUAAUAAUUCUAUUAGUAAUAAUAAAAUAGAUAAUCGAAAAGCUGAUAAUACUGAGAGCUCUGCGGAGGAUAUUUCAAAUCAGGCUCUUCUUUUGACCGAGUUAUCAAGGAAGGUGAUAAAUAUGGGGGAAUUAAGGAGGAUAGCUUCUCAAGGGAUACCUGAUGGUGUUGGUAUUCGUUCCACGGUUUGGAAGCUCUUGUUGGGGUAUUUACCACCUGAUCGUUCGCUUUGGUCGUCUGAAUUGGCUAAGAAGAGAUCUCAGUACAAGCGAUUUAAAGAAGAGCUUUUGAUGAAUCCUUCAGAAAUAACAAGGAGGUUGGAGAAAAUGAUGGGUUUUGACAAUGAUGAUGCAAAAUCUGAAAGCCGUUAUGUGCUCUCAAGAUCAAAGAUAACUCAUGGGGAGCAUCCUUUGAGCCUUGGGAAGAGCAGCAUUUGGAAUAAAUUCUUUCAGGACUCAGAGAUUAUAGAGCAGAUUGAUCGAGAUGUGAAACGCACUCACCCGGACAUGCACUUCUUUUCUGGGGACUCAUCAUUUGCAAAAUCCAAUCAGGAGGCUUUGAGAAACAUACUGAUUGUAUUUGCAAAGUUAAAUCCGGGAAUACGAUAUGUUCAAGGGAUGAAUGAAAUUUUGGCACCUCUAUUUUACGUAUUCAAAAAUGACCCUGAUGAAGAAAUGGAGGCCUGUGCAGAAGCAGACACAUUUUUCUGCUUUGUCGAGUUAUUGAGUGGAUUCCGGGAUCAUUUCUGUCAGCAACUUGACAACAGUGUUGUGGGAAUUCGUUCAACUAUUACAAGAUUGUCGCAUCUUUUGAAGGAGCAUGAUGAAGAACUUUGGCGUCAUCUUGAGGUCACAACCAAAGUCAACCCCCAGUUUUAUUCAUUUCGGUGGAUUACUCUCCUCUUGACUCAGGAGUUCAAUUUCGCAGAUAGUAUUCACAUUUGGGACACACUUCUAAGUGACCCUGAGGGUCCUCAGGAAACUUUGCUUAGGGUAUGUUGUGCAAUGCUGAUUCUCGUUCGGAGGCGUCUACUAGCUGGGGAUUUCACUUCUAUUCUCAAGCUACUUCAGAACUACCCCCCAACAAACAUCAGUCAUUUGCUCUAUGUCGCAAACAAGUUGCGUGGUCAACCGUCACACUAAUUAUUUUUAGACACUUAAUUUUUGCCCUUCCUCGUUUUUGUUUGAGAAUUUAGUGAUUGUAAAUAAAUGCUGGUUUAAGGUAACAUGUAACUGAUAAGGAGAUGCUCCUUUGUCUCUUAGAUUUGUCAUGGUGGUGGUAGAGAGCUAUGUUUCUGAAUUCGGUUUUCUGUAGGUCAAGUAUUCUUUCGAUUAAAUGCAGAAAUGUCAGUUACAGGAUGAUA